CCUUGGUUUCUCUUGCAUAAUUUUUCCAGAAAAAAUGUUUAAAUAAUGUUGGAGCUAAAUAUUCUCCACUGUAUGUUGACAAGCGAACCAGCAUAUCUACCUACUGUUGAUACCUAGAAGUUAAAAAUCUUCGCUGUGAAGGUUAAAACAUCAGACCCUGAACCACUGCCCUGAACUUCGCGGAUAUCUCAGCAGCACACGUUGCCACUCGUCAGUACUGGUUAGACUGAACAGAGAGUAUUUUGACACCGAAAGUAUAAAGAAAGCACAUUGCAGGAGGUCGUGUUUUGAAACGUAGUAAAUUAUAAUUAUCUAUCCACUUCGUUUUUGUACGGUAAAUUCUUGUAAGUUGAAUGCUUCUGGAACGGUAAAUUUACAGGUGAUAACGUGCGAAUGUUUGUAUAUUGGCACUAUUGUACCUCUGGACAUAAAAACAAAACAAUAAAAGAAGCGUAUGAAGCUUUUCCAUUCCAUCGAGGUAGAUCCUGGGAUGUUGUGAAUCUGUGAUACCAAUCAGUUAUUCGAAAAAAAAUUGACAUUUGUCUUGUAGAGGUGUGCGAGUGUAUUCAGUGUAUCUAUUAAGAAAUUAUAUCUGUGAAAUGUAUUGUUGAAAUAGAAGAAAUUUCAACGAAACUACUAAAUUUUAAUCUUACAUUUAAGAAGUUUGAGCAUUUGCAUCUAAUCAUGUCACGACAAGGAACAAGAUUGGACUCAAAGAAAGUAAAUUCUGAAUUGUUUACAUUAACCUAUGGGGCCCUAGUUUCACAACUCAUGAAAGACUACGAAAAUGUGGAAGAUGUUAACAAACAAUUGGAAAGAAUGGGAUACAACAUUGGAAUUAGAUUAAUUGAGGACUUUCUGGCUCGAACAGGAUGUGGAAGAUGUUAUGAUUUUAGAGAUACUGCUGAGAAAAUUCAAAUGGCUUUCCGUAUAUACCUUGGAGUGUCACCAACUGUGGCCAAUUGGAGCCCAGCAGCUGAUGAAUUUUCCCUGCAGUUUGAGACGAACCCUUUGACGGAAUUUGUAGAGCUGCCAGACCAUUGCCUGAAUUUGAAAUAUGCCAAUAUGCUGACGGGAGUUCAGAUGGAGGUUUCUGCAUACUUUGUGCAAGACCAGUUGAAAGGGGACAAUGUAACUGAAAUACGAGUGAAGUUCAUUAAAAGAUUGGAAGAUGCCAUCCCUGCUGGUGAAGACUGAACAUCAUUAGAGAUCAUCCCCUGAUCAAUUAUUACAACCGAAGUGACAGUUACACGGAAUGUGUGGUUUAAUGUAUAGAUUGCAGGGCAUUUUCAUACUGUUGUAAUUGUUAGAACAUUGAGGUAAAUUGUCAUUGAGUAAAAUGUGCCAUUUUAUAAGGAAUACAGUUAAUUUCAUUAAGUUAAAUACAUUGCAGACAGUCACCUCAGGACACUAUUGUACUCCUGUUCAUGGUCAUUUUCAUGAGAGAGUUGCAUGCAUGUGAGUGAUUGAUAUAUUACAGUAUAUAUAAAUAGAAUAUUACUAUUACAGCAUUAUCAACACGUGUGGUUCACUGAAUAAAACCAAAAUACAAUGAAUGCCUUCAAAUGGCUCAUUGUGGCAAAAUACCUGCUGGAAUAAAUAAGCAGUUUCUGUUGGUGUCAUCUGACCCACUUUCACUUCCAUAUGCACAGUUUUUAUUUGCCUUCUCACUACCAGCAAAAUUAUCACUAUCAUUCAUUUCACAAAGAAUCUCAUCAUCAUGACUUGUGUCUUAACUGUGCAAAGCCAUUAUUCCUCUACUGCUUGAAAUAUAAAAACACUCAUUGAAUGCAAGCCUUUCGAAAUACACAGACAAAACUUAACAUAGAAGGCAAUGGAAGGUUCCAAGAACCCUGAUGUUCUAAGAUAAGAGAGAUAAAUCUUCAAAAUGAUUAUAGAUGUCUUGUAAAUAGGCAGUCCUCCAGGAAGAUCACUGACUGGUCCACCCUGUAUGUAAGAUGUUAAAAAUUUUCAUGUGUGUUCCACAGUGUAUGAAACAGUCUUUAAACUUCCAUGUUUCAGGUUCUUGUAGCAUUUAUCAUAUGUAUGGGAUAAAAGAUAGACAGAACAUAUUAAAGUGAAAACAAGACAAGACAUUUUAAGAUCGGUUCCUAGUAUAGGUUGGUACAAGCAUUCUAGCGUAUAUUCUCAGACUCUUAAUUAGUAUAAUGUAUAUAUGUAAGAAGACAUGGUUUUUUUAAGGUGUAGGGAUAUCUGUGAGAAGGAAUGAUUAAUUGCAUUAUAUAAAUUUGUGUGAUUGAAAGUUUGAAUUGAAAUAUUAUAGUUCAGGGCUGGUCAAAUGUGCUUAAUAAUGUGAACCAUAUUAUUAUCUUCAGAAAUAAACUUCUAAUACUUGAUAUGUGUAAUUCAAACAGUAUAAAAGAACUUAAUGCUUACAUUGCAGUCUAAUAAGCAAAUAAUGGUAAUGCUUCUUACUUUUUCUUUACAGUCCAAAUGGUCUUGUUAUAUUGUCUUAAAAAGAGAGGUUCUCAAGUAAUAUGCUUCCACAGGUUGUGCAGUAGUAAGUGUUGACACACAUAUAAUUUGAACUGACCCUGAUAAAGUAUAAUCCAAUUUAAAUCCAACUCUUAUAAAUGCAGUGAAUCACCUGAACUGAUUAAAAAAUUUGCAGAUGAAAAUGUUAGUUUCAGUAGUCAGCUUACAUUCUUAGAAAAGGAAUUACAAUUGCAUUGCUGAAACUAGUCUUGCAUAUAUGGUAACGCGUUGUUAGAAUGAUUAUUAUUAAUUCAUUGUGAAUGUGUAUUCUUGGAGUGAAAAUGUAUCAAACUGGUUAUAGACUUAAUUGGGUUAAUUGGGAAAAUGUAUCAAACUGGGUUAUUAAAAAAAAUGUGUUAAUGGUUUCUAAUUAUUAACUCAAAAUUGUAAAACUAGUUUGACAAUGUGUGUGAAUGUAACAAAUGGAGGUGCUCAAUUUUAAGAGGAGAAUAUUUGAUUGCUGGUGAAGUGUUCAAAUGGGAAUAUGAGCAGCUCUAAUGUUUGCAACCAUUUUGUGGAAAUUUUGGUUUUUGCAUGACAUACUGUUCAAUUUGUGGGCAUUUAAGAGUGAAAAACUCUUAAACCUGUUGAUGCUUUCUAUUUGUAAUGUUAUUGUAUAAACUAUUAUGUAAAAACUAUUAUUUAAGUUGUGUAUUGUAUGUUAUUUCUCCAGAAAUAGUUAUAAUAAAUUUAUAUAUCCACAUGUUUAUUUAGAAGUUGAACUUCUCUUAUGUCAUGCAACAUUUAAAAAUAUGAAUAGUACUAAUGAUUACAGUAGAAAUUCCAUGUAACCUGAAUGCUUAUAAGAAAAAAUUAAUUGGCUCAAGGCAAAAAUAUGUAUUUCCAUCUGUGUGCAAUGCUCGAGCCUAAACUGUUCAGACAAUAUUCUCUAAAACUCAUUUUCCCCUAUCGACAUGGCCAAACUGGAGAUGCAGCAAAUUUCAAUAUUUUUGUUUGGUGGUAGUUUACAAGAAACCUAAAAUUUUCACAUUUUUUCAAAACUGGUUCUAAUUUUUAAUUUUCUCACAUGCAGCAUAC